CAGCCUACCAGUCACUGACUGUCACACACUGUACAUAUACGUACUCUCACGUACACAUUUAUACAAGGUCAGUUAUACGUACAGCGAUAGUAAUAGUAUCGAGUACUAUUAAUAUGUACAGGCGUUCACGCUUCGAGUAUAUAUACAGAAAAUAUAUUGUCGAUUGUAGCGUUUACCCACAACACAAGGAAGUAUUACCAGCAAUGGGGAUUAAAAAUUAAAUACAUCCACCAAUAUUUAUAAAUAUACACACACUCAGCAUUGAUAAGUUUAAAGCAAUGCAAUUGCAUAAUAACAAACCAGAUACUUGUUAAAAGUACUAUUGGUGUCACGUAACAAUAAUUAUUUGUCGUAAUACAAUAGUUAUUACAAUGGGAACAAUUUAAAAAAAUAAUGGAGUCAGUUUUGCCGUAAAUAAAUUACAAGUUGGCUUUUUAAUAACUUGCUACGAAUAUGGUGAUGGCUGAGAGUGAACAGAAAUCGAGGAUAGAGACAAACACAGCCUCAGCAAGCCGACUCCAAUGGCUUCGUCAACGUCGCGAAGCACUCGAAGAAAAGCUAGCUCGCAAAAAUAAUGAGCUGAAAAAUUUGUGCAUCGACGAAGCCGAACUGACAGGUAUUUUGCCUCCAGAGAUUCCCUUGGAUCCGGGAGAGAGUCCGCCGCUUUUUCGCAGGCGAGUUGGAACUUCAUUUGCAUACCCGCAGAAUCUUAUCAAUAAACUCAAGAGCAGCGAAGCUGAAGAAUCAGCGUUGGAAUUGGAACGUCAAGUACAAACAAGUAUUGCCACAGCGGCGUUCGCUAUCUGCAGUGAUUCAUCGGAAAGCAAAGCAGUUCGCAGAAAGCACCGAUCAGUUUAUCAGCAAGCUCAAAGACGUAUUAAGGAGUUGGAUACAAGGUUGACUUUUAUCCGACUGAGCUAUGGACAAUUACCCAGGCGGCCUAAUAUCGCCGAGUCGACACCCUGGCAAUCUUCUAUUUUUUCUGAUGAUACUGCUCUACCGUCUGGCUCGACUUACGCCAAACAUAAAUCAAAAAAACCCCGCCCGCCAUUCAAUGCAGCUCCAGAUAAAAUCUUAAACCCGCAACUAACUUACGAUAAGUCAUCAAAAGUAAUUAGUCCUGAUGAGUCGUCGCUGACGUCAGUCCACGAUCAGAAUCACUUUAAAAACGACAAGAGUGACUGGCUGAACGAAGGUUCAGUAUUAGGAGGUGGCAGCAGUAAAAGUUCUCGAAGCGACGGAAUUCACGAUUUGAAUGAAAACUCCGACAUAUAUAUCCUCGGAAAUCAACAACACCGUGUGUCUACGUACUCUCACGACUCAGACGAAGUAUCUCUGCACCACAAGCACCCCCAAUUACCCGAAAGGACUUACCGCAUGAUCUCCAACAAAGAAGACAGUACUCCAAAUUUGUGGCCUAAACGCCAAAGCGAGGUGCCAUACUACAACCAGCGCCAGCUAUCAAGCACUUACAAGCAACCUUCUCCUAGAUAUCACCAUUACUAUCACCAGAGCCAGUUGUCGCCUAAUAUCAGCGAGAUUCUCCCCUCGUCCCAGUCAGUCGGCGCCAAUAUUGAGACAACUGGAAAAUUUGAGUUAACAACAAAUCAAUACCGCUCCCGGUUACCUUACUAUCCCUCAGAUCCAUUCGUCCACGUUUCUUCUAAUGAAAAUUUCGAACAAAUUCCUCCAGUUUUACACGAGCGAAAUUCAAUGCAAGAUAAAUUACUUAAAAGGAAUAAUCAUCAAAGCAUGCCGCCUAUUUCUCGGCGCCAAGAAUUUGCAAGCUCUGCUGACAGCUGGGUAAUUAAUGGAGAUGAAAUUCUCUGGCCGGGUGUUAAUACAGAGUAUCAACAACAGCAACAGCAUCAGCAGCAACAUCCUGAUAGAUUUGGCAGCAUAGAUCGCCGGAAAUAUGCGGGUAAUAUUAAUUACCAAGCAAACGCUCUUGACCUUGGGCAAGGUUUGAUGACCCUGGGACCUCAAGUUGGAGGGCUCAAGCCGGUCCAGACCAAGUUCGUGAAGCAAAGCAAUGUCACUGGGUUCACUAGCAGUCAAAACAACCCCAAAUAUUUGGGCAGCAAUACAAAGGGUCCAGCUAGACCUGAACGACUUAACUUGUCGCAGUCACGCACUCUUUUAAGGACUCAGUCGCUGGGCAGUGUUGAGACUUGGCACCAGGAAGACAAUAAGUCAAUUACUCCUGUGGUAGAGACCACUGCUGCGAUUACUCUACCUUCCCCGACGGCUGGCUCCGUCUUUCACAGCAUUGUUGAGGACAGCCCAGGCCCGGAUACCCGGAGCUCGUACAGAGAUUCUGAAAAAGAGUGGUACGAGACCUCCAUUGACCUGGACUACUCUAAGCCUCCCGCCACCUUGUCCCAGACGCUCAAGAACCUUGAAAUCCCCGCUGAAUCAAACACCCGGCUGUCUAGCAGUAAAUCAAUAAACGGCGACGCCUUUGAACCCUCGAACUUUGCGUCUCCGGACAAUAAAUUAGCUACCGAUGGGAGGACUAUUAUUCACCCCGGAAAGUAUCAGCCUUAUAAAGAGGUCACCAAGCCCUUUGAGAUGUCGGACUUUUAUAAAUAUUCUACAAAAUUCAGGAAAAAAAUUGAACCUAAUAAUCAGCCUAAGAAUUUGAAUAAUAAUAAUAAUAAUAAUUGUAGUAAUAAUAAUAAUGUUAAUAUUAAUGGGAUUGAAAGUGAUAGUGUGGAGAAUAAUAUGGGAUUUAGUCGGCAGAGAAUUUCAACGCCCCACGUGCCUCUCGUGCAAGCGAGAAUUAAUCCAGCUCAACCAAUUUUACCCUGUCAGUCCCACAUUGCCCGAAGAGGCAAUGAGAGUGACAAUAAAGACUGCAGCAACGUACAACCAUCUCAACAGCCCUCGUCUAAAGACUCUACUGUUGUAUAGUUAUUUAUAUUAAUUUAUUUAGCAGUUAUUUAAUUGUUUUUUUUUAUUUUUGUAAGAAAUUAGAGGAAAAUAAU